AUGACGGCAGAAGAGACCGCUAAAGACCAAGAGGUAAAGCUCUAUAUCAAGCUACCUUGUUCCAGUACAAGUGGUUCCAGGAAAAACCAGCAGGAAAGCAAUCAGCUGGAGUUGCUGUUUACUAAAGACGCAAAGGUUCAACAUGUUCUCGAUGUCAUUGCAGUCACCCAGGCAACAAAAUUUCUGACAAAUGUGGACUUAGUUGCUGGUAAAACGGUACUAAAAGAUAAUACAACGUUGGCUGAAAUUGCAGGCAAUGAAAAAACUGUUAAGCUCCAGCUUCAGAACAGGCCCUACACAACUAGAGAUGCUUUGAAGCAUAUCUUGACGUUGCGCGAGUAUUUGGGAUUCACGCCAGAAACGUCUGAUGGGUUAUCAGAAUUUGCCACUUCUGCAGCCUCCAAGUUUUUUGAAUUGCCUUUGUCAGCUGUUAAGGAGAAGUCCAAGCAAGAGGAAUCUGAAGCGGCGGAUGGGGACGCGGAGUCUUCAAAGAAAUUGGAGCUUAAUGUCACUGAUGAAGAGAAGGCCCAGUUCGUGAAGCUGGUUCACGAGAUUUUCGGCUCAAUAAGCAGCUCUUCUGCUUGUGAAGUGAAUGCAUCUCAGUCCAGCAUCAUUACACCGUGUCUGCGCUCGUUAUGUUUAUCGGCUUAUAACCCAGUGCCUGCAUUUUACAGAACAAAAGGUCAUUUGUUGUACUUGCAAGCAGUUACUCUCGAAGGAGAAACUCUGCAAAUUACGUGUAUCCCGUCGGGAUUUUACGUUAACAAAUCAACAAAUUCAAAGUUUGAUCCUUCGCCAAGAACUGCGGAAGAUGGUUCGUUUAUUGCCACUCAGCAUUCCCUAUAUGAUUUACUAUGUUUGAGUUCGAAGAAGUUGUCCUCUCGUGUCUCCGCAUUCGAGAGGAAAGUAAAUCACAUCGAUACCGCUGCAUAUGUGAAACCGGUGAACACUUUGUUACACAAGCCAUGGAUAGUUUCAACAGCGUCGGCUGAUAACGGCGACUAUAUUAGGUUGCAGCUAGAUUCAUUGAAAUUCGACUCAGAGAGAAAUUUUAACGACGAAUUCCAGGCGAUAAAAGAUUUACCUAUACAAAACAUCCAAUCCCGUAUGGAUUCUGAGCGACUCUUGAGCAAGAUUGUGCAUGAAUUCUCGGUUGCCGCUACCAGAGGUGCAAUGUCCAUUUUCUACCAUGAUCUUAUUAGCAUGAAUCCUGAGGCACCCGCUGAGGAACAAAUUUACUUGAAAGAAGGUAUCUUCUAUUCUUUUGUAACUGAUGUUAGCGGCAACUAUAUGGAGAAAGGUGGCAAUGAUGCUGCUCGCGCCGCUUCAAACCAGGAUCUGCGUACUAUCAAUCUUUUGAACCGCUUAAAUACGCAGGAUCUUCGUUAUCUAUUGACUGCGAUUAUCGACUUUGGUGGCAACAGGAUAUUGGCUCAAACACCGGUGCCUGGUUUGUUGAGUACUAUGGGUACCCAGGUCAUUAGAGACCCGGAAACAGGAAAGGAGGUUAUUGAAGAUUUACCUAAUGAGAUUGCUGUUUCUUAUGGUUUUGAUGAAGCCGCAAACAGAGUUGUAGGUAGCGAAAAAUUCGAUGCAAUUAUCCAGAAGGAGUUCAGCAAAGUCUUCCAUCUCACACCCCAUAAAGUAGACGGCGCUCAAAUAUCGUUUUCGUCACAGUCCAAGGGCAUAGUUGGCUUUGACAAGAGGCAUUAUAUCCUGGACUUGGCUAAUACCUAUCCUUUGGAUAUCAAGUUUGUUCGAGAGUGUUUUGAUAACGCUAACGCAGAGAAACGCUAUCCGCAUAGGCAGACCUUGCUACGCCCAGAGCUAGUUGAAAAAUGGUGGCACCACAAAAGGGAGGCGGAGGGCCUUGAUUACAAAACAGCUUACGAAGACGGCAAGUUCAGUUUCAAUCCGGAUGCCUACCACGUUGAAGGAGUUGAAGAUCCAGUUGUUGAUGAGAUAUCUGAUUACCUUCAUGACGUUGUUUUACCCAGCCUUGUACAAGAUUAUGCGGCUGGAAAUGUUGCUGCACCCUAUAAUGGUGAGCAUGUUGUUGAUACCUUGCACAUCAAUGGUAUCAACGUCCGCUACCUGGGCAAAGUUAUUCACUUGGCCAAGGAUAUCUUGGCUAAGCAGAGUCAAGAGUACGAGGAGAGACUGAAAUCAAUAGCUGAGGGGAACAAAGAGCAUGAGGAAUGGGAAAGGAACUAUCUACUGAAGGUUGAGAAAUUGAUUAAAGAAAGGCAGGAGAAGAUCAAUAAAUACGUGCAGGACGGGAAGGAGGUUCCAAAGGAACUCACUGAAAACAUAAAGCUGGAUGACAGCGAAAUCAGAAAGCCAACCAAGGAAGAACCAUUUAUCAUUAACAGAGAUGAAUUACUUCCUUUGAUCCAUGUUUGUGAGAUUGAGAUUUUCGCAAGGGCCACGAAACAUGUAUUGAGAAAGUACAGUAAGGAUCUUCCCGUUUUUGCCAUUUCCGCCCUUGUCUGUUUCGUGUUCAAUUUGCUGUUCGGUGCCGAAUUUAAUGACAGUCCUCAUGCUGAAGAUGUCGAUUGCUAUCGCGCUGAAGACUUCAAAUUUAGUUCUUUAACGCGCAGCUCCCUGUUGAGUGAGAUAUUUGAGCAAGCCUUUUUACGCUUCCGUUAUGAACUUCCAGAAGAUUGGAUGGAUCAACAUAAAAAGGCUCCGCUUUUCUUAAUGAGGGCAAUCUGCUAUAAGUUUGGCAUUCAAAUUAUAAACAGGCGUUAUUUCUUCAAUAAAGAAGAAUUCGAAAACUUCAAACAAUCUCAAGAUAAGAAGACCAGAAACAAGCUCAUCACACCUAUGAAUACCUUCUCUAUCGACGACUUUAUCAUUAUUCCUCGUGUUAAAAGCACAGAGUAUAAUUCUCUGGUUAGUGACGAAUUAUGGGCUGAAGGAGCCGCAACCAUAAAAGAUGAUCAAUCCCUAGCUUUGAAAUUCCUCUCCCAAGCUAUCAGCGUUAAAGAGGAUGUAUCGACCGUAUUACACCAAUCUGUUGCCGAAAAAUACUUAUCUCUAUCGACCAUUUACAAUAAUAUUGGUAAAGUUCCUGAGGCAGUUGCGUUUGCCCGGAAGUCGUGCAUUAUUUAUGAAAGAGUGUGUGGUAUUGAUUCCUUUGAAAUGUUGCGCGCUCUUUCCAACUUAGCAAUUUUGGAGCUUUCUGGCGGAAGUCCUUUGAACGCUGCAGUCGUCUAUAAAAGAAUCGUUGAGACUGUUCAAAGUUUUGAUUUAACCGCCGCCCACCACCCUAUCGUGGUCAGCGCAUUGAAUCACCUGGAGCAAAUGGCCCUAGGCAUGCGUGAUCCUAAACUAGCAAUCGAAAUUCUCAAGAAACUCAGCGAAUUGAUAGUUGCUUUGGACGGAAAUGAAUCUUUGGCCUUCGGUUAUGUUGAAUCGCGUGUUGGAAAUCUUUAUGCAACAUUGGACGAUAUGCCUCGGGCCUUGGAACAUAUCUCGUCAACAAAGGACAUUUUCGUCAGAGAGCUCGGUCUUAACCAUGAGUUGUCAGCUCAAGCUAAGCAAUGGAACGAAGGCUUGACCAACUUGAUCAAAAACAAACAGCAGCAGAAGAUGCUUCAGAAGCAGAAAGCGGCAGCGAAUGAGUCUGAUUUCAAGAAACAAUCAAAAGCUAAGAAGGAUCAGGCCGUUCCAGAAAUAGCCAAUAAAUCCGUUGACGAAUUGUUGGACUUUAUUGAGGGUUCUAGCGACGUUACGUCUUCAAAGUCGAAGAGCAGAAAGAAGGGCAAGAACAAGAAGAAAUGA